UUCGACGUAGUUGGCAAAGAUCAGCAAAAGAAGAAAAUAUCAGUGGCGGAAUAUUUCAAAACGAAUGUCGGCAUUGCACUNAAAUUUGCAAGGUUACCGUUAAUCAUUGAGCGUUGUGAGAGCGGUGAGAAUUAUUAUCCGAUGGAGUUGUUGGUGGUUUGCGAGAAUCAACGAGUGAAACAAACACAGCAAUCAUCCGAGCAAAUACAAGCAAUGAUUUCUGUUCGUUUGCAGGCAUGUGCUGCAUUACCAUCGGAUCGUAAACGUCAAACGAGUAUAAUGACACAAGCAUUAAAGUUGGACGGUGCCACUAAAAAUCGAUGGUUCGAUGAAUACAAUGUGAAGAUCACGAAAAAUCUGGCGGUGUUGCGAUUGAAUAUGGAUUUCAGAGCGUAUGUGAACGCAUUCAUACAGCAAUGCCGUCAGCACGGUAUGCAAAUAGGCAAACCAAUCGCACAACUCUACGUCCGUGGUGCCACCGAAAAUCAAGUUGAUGUGCACAUGAAUAAAGCGAAGCAAAUGGGUGCAAAACUCGUACAUUUUAUCACUAGUGAUAAACUCCUAUUCCACGGGCGUAUGAAAUUGCUGGAAGCAAGUGAGCAGAUAGUGACACUUGACCUUAAAACGAGUACUGCGGUUAAAGCACCGCAGAGAUGGCAAACACUUGAUAAUAUCAUCAAUAAAGUGAAUCUGAAACUUGGUGGUAUCAACUUUGGUUUACGUUUGGAGACGGAAGGGUCAGUGAACAAUUUAAGUGCUCAAAAAAGCAUAAUGAAUCCGAAUCGUAUCAUUGUUGGUAUGGAUGUGGCUCAUCCGCCAGCGAUUAACAGACGAAGAGACGAGGAGAAUUUGGUGCCCUCGAUUGUUGGGUAUUCAUCGAACUGUAAGAAGCAUCCAUUGGACUUUAUUGGUGGAUAUCGUUACGCUAGAGCGAAUCAAGAGGAGAUAGCAGAUUCAACAAUUACUGAUCUAAUGGUGGAAUCAAUGAAAAAAUUCAAAGAGAAUCGUAACAUUCUACCGAAUCAUAUUAUUUUACUGAGAGAUGGUAUCUCAGAAGGACAGUACACAUAUGUGAUCCAGAACGAAGUUGAGCAAGUGAAGAGUGCGUGCGGUCAGAUCGGUGGUAAUGCUUAUCGCCCACAUAUUACGUUCGUAGUUGCAACGAAAAUGCAUAAUUUACGUCUCUUCAAAAAGGAUAUUCCACGAACUAAUAAAGCGAGUGAGCAGAAUAUUAAACCAGGAACAGUAGUGGACAAGCAUAUCGUCAGUCCAGUUCUCAAUGAAUUUUAUCUGAACUCGCAUUCAGCGUUUCAAGGCACAGCAAAAACGCCGAGAUAUACGAAACUGUUCGAUACGUCGAAGAUGUCGAAUGACGAGAUUCAAGCGAUCGUUUUUGCGUUAGCGUUCAAUCAUCAGAUCGUGAAUUCGGCAGUUUCCUUACCAGCACCGAUCUUUAUCGCGGAUCGAAUGGCAACUCGUGGACAGAAUAAUUUCGUGGCGCAAUUUGGCGACAUCUCGGAGGGUAGCGAAGGAGCUGCGAAAGCUCCAAUGGAUCUUAAAGAACUAAACGCUCAACUGGGUUAUGCGGAUAAACCAUUGAGCAAUUGUCGUUUCAAUGCGUAG